UACUCAUAAGUGUGUAUAUAUACAGACAUCUUCUCUUCCUCUUCUUCUACAUCUCUCAAAACCAAGUCCAGUAUAGUCGUGCACACAAACUAUGGCUUCACGACCCGGAAUCCUUACUGAUUGGCCAUGGAAGCCUCUUGGAAACUUCAAGUAUGGGAUUCUGGCUCCAUGGGCCAUUCACAGCACAUACAAUUUCUUUGUGAAGGAUAAAAGUGAAAGGGACGUAUCCACGUUCCUGAUUCUUCCUCUGCUGCUGUGGCGUAUGCUUCACAAUCAGAUUUGGAUCACUCUCUCUCGUUAUCGAACGGCAAAAGGAAACUCAAGGAUUGUUGAUAAGGCCAUUGAGUUUGAUCAAGUUGAUCGUGAGAGAGACUGGGAUGACCAAAUAUUGUUUACUGGAAUAUUACUUUACUUGGCGAGCCAUACAAUGAAAGGAGCGUCUCACCUGCCUUGGUGGAGAUCAGAUGGGGUAUUCAUCAUGGCAUUGUUGCAUGUGGGUCCCGUGGAGUUUCUGUACUAUUGGCUUCACAGAGCUCUUCACCACCAUUUUCUAUAUUCUCGUUAUCAUUCUCACCACCAUUCGUCAAUUGUCACCGAGCCCAUUACUUCUGUGAUCCACCCAUUCGCGGAACACAUAUCAUAUUUCAUGUUGUUCGCCAUACCAAUGCUAACGACGGUGGUCACCGGAACGGCGUCGGUGGCGGCGAUGACCGGUUACCUGACUUUCAUUGACUUCAUGAACAAUAUGGGUCACUGCAACUUCGAGCUCAUUCCUUCCUUCCUCUUUCGCCUCUUUCCUCCUCUCAAAUAUCUCAUGUACACUCCAACGUUUCACUCUUUGCACCACACACAGUUCAGGACAAACUACUCUCUAUUCAUGCCUUUGUAUGAUCAUAUAUAUGGCACUGUGGACAAAUCUACAGAUGAGUUACAGGAAUGUGCACUUAAGAGGCAAGAAGAAUCCCCAGAUGUUGUGCACCUAACACAUCUCACAACGCCUGAAUCUGUGUAUCAUCUUCGACUGGGAUUUGCCUACUUGGCCUCACAACCUCACACAUCAAAGUGGUAUCUCAAGUUAAUGUGGCCUGUAACGUUGUUGUCCAUGAUCUUCACUUGGGUCUAUGGUCGUACCUUCACAUCGGAGAGAAAUCGUUUCGAUAAACUCAAGCUUCAAACUUGGGUCCUUCCCAAGUACACCUUCCAAUACUUGAUGCAAUGGCAAAAAGAGGCAAUCAACAAAGUGAUAGAGGAGGCAAUAGUGGAAGCAGAAAGGAAAGGAACAAAAGUGAUAAAUUUGGGUCUGAUGAAUCAAGAAGAAGAGCUAAACACAUAUGGAGGGCUUUACAUAAAUAAGAAUCCAAAGCUAAAUGUUAAGUUGGUUGAUGGAAGCAGUCUGGCUGUUGCUGUGCUUCUUCACAGUCUUCCAAAUGGAACAUCUCAAGUCUUGCUUAGAGGCAAACUCACCAAGGUUGCUUCUGCCCUUGCCUUUAAUUUAUGCCAAAAGGGUAUUCAGGUAGCCACAGUGCAUGAGGAGGAGCACAUGAAGCUGAAAAGCUCAUUUAACAAUAAAUGUGGAAGUAAUUUGAUUAUCUCUAAAAGUUAUUCUCAAAAGAUAUGGUUGGUGGGAGAUGGAUUGAGUGAAGAGGAACAGCGAAAGGCACCAAAAGGAACAACAUUCAUUCCAUACACACAAUUCCCACCAAUCAAACAUCGCAAGGAUUGCUCAUACCGUUGUACUCCAGCUAUGCUAACUCCCUUGGCUCUUGAAAAUGUCGAUUCUUGCGAGAAUUGGUUACCAAGAAGGGUAAUGAGCGCAUGGCGAAUAGCUGGAAUAGUGCACUCUUUAGAAGGAUGGAGUGAACAUGAGUGUGGAUAUGCAAUGCUGAAUACUGAUAAAGUUUGGAAGGCAACUCUUCAACAUGGCUUUCAACCUCUCACUCAUGAACAAAUUUAAUUGCUUUCUAGAAGCUGAGUGAUCUUAUAGGAGGGAGAAAGACGCAAGGGCUAUAUAUAUAUAUAUAUAUAUAUAAUGGAACAUGAGGGUAAAAUAAUUAGCACGUGCUCUCUGUGUCAUGGUAGUAAGGGGAGACAAAGAAGGAAGAGUAGGAUCCAUACCCUGAUAGGUGAGGUGGAUUCUAUUCCUCUGCACUUUUCUCUUUAUUUUGGAUGGCAAAAUGCUUUAUGUUUUUACCUUUAAGUACUUGAAGACUUCAUCAUUACUGUUGCUCUCAUUUAUCUAGUCAAAUGUUUUACGACA